AUGUGCAACCUACGCUCUAGUCUCAAAGUAAUUAAAGGAAAGAAGAAUGGAAAGACCGUAAUUGCUGAAGGUGGAUACAUUGGUCUUAAACUUAGUGCAACAUUAAGAAUCAACGAUCUUGAUGUUACAAUGCUUUAUCCUAAGCCACCGUGCGGUAAAGGAGUGAAACUAAAGGAUGGUGGAGUGUUAGAAGUUGACAUUUUUAUUGUUGGUGUUGGUGGAAGGCCACUUAUAACACUAUUUAAAGGGCGAGUUGAAGAGGAGAAAGGUGGAAUAAAGUAUAACAACAUGAUAUUACCAUCAAUGCCACGAUCAUAG